ACCCACACCCUUCAUGGUCGUCUCUUGUAAGCUGUCUUCUUCUUUCUUCUUCUUCCUCUGUAUAUCUACCCAUCAAUAAUCACACAUCUUUCAUCUUCAUCUUCAUCUUCGUCUGGGUAAUCCACAAUCACUCUCAACUCCAUUAAAGAGCCCCUCUCACACCCACAAUCACAAUCAGAUCUUAAAGUUUUCAAUCAAUUUUCUCAUCUGGAAUUUCUCUGUUGCGUGCUGAUCAAGUAUCGAUCUCUCAAAGAUCCAAUGCUAUUUGACUGAAUUCAAGAAUAUCCGUUUCUCAAUUUCAAAGCAACAUCAAACUCUCUGGAUGGAAAUGGACCCUCGGAAGUUGUUCAUUGGGGGGAUUUCAUGGGAUACUAAUGAAGAACGUUUGAGGGAUUAUUUUCAAACAUUUGGGGAUGUAACUGAAUCUGUUAUUAUGAAAGAUCGAACCACGGGCCGGGCUCGUGGGUUCGGGUUUGUUGUUUUCGCUGACCCGGUUGUUGCCGAAAGAGUUGUUAAAGAUAAGCAUAUCAUAGAUGGUAGAACUGUUGAGGCGAAGAAGGCGGUACCAAGGGAUGAUCAACAGGUUGUUAACAGGGGGAACGGGAGUGUUCACGGGUCACCGGGUCCCAUCCGCACAAAAAAGAUUUUUGUAGGCGGAUUAGCAUCGACAGUCACGGAGAGUGACUUCAAGAGCUACUUUGACCAAUUCGGGUCAACCACUGACGCGGUGGUGAUGUAUGAUCACAACACUCAAAGGCCUAGAGGUUUCGGGUUCAUUACUUAUGAGUCCGAGGAGUCUGUCGAUAGAGUCUUGCAUAAAACUUUCCACGAACUCAAUGGUAAAAUGGUGGAAGUCAAACGGGCCGUCCCUAAGGAGUCAUCUCCUGGGCCUAAUCGGAGUAAUGUAGGUGGAUAUAAUUACGGGUUGAGUAGAGUUAGUAGUUAUUUAAGUUCACUUGGAAGUUAUGGGCUUACAGUUGAUGGUAGAUAUAGUCCUGUUAUGGGUCGAAACGGGCUUGGCCCGUCUAGCUUUAACAUUGCACCGGGUGCUGAUGCCAACUAUGGUGGAAAUGGAAACUUUAGUUCUAAUCUUGGAUACGCGCGUUCCGUAAAUUCUAUGUACAGUUUAACUCCGAACAGGUUGUCCGGUCCAAAUGGAUAUGGCGGCGGUAGUGGUGGUGAUGGAAGUCAGUCUGUAUUUAACUCGAGAGACAUUUGGGGAGGUGUGGAUCAUAGUUAUGCUCAUAAUUCGCAAAAUUCGAGUAAUUAUGGUUUUGGAGCGAUUUGGGGUACCCCGAGUUCUGUUGCUAGUGGAUCCAGCUUCAUUGGUGGUGGUAACGGAGUGAAUGCAACCGCGUAUGGUAGGAACAGUGGUAAUGGCACUGCAGCUGCAGCUGCAGCAUCAUUUGGUGUGACAGAUGAUAGCGGUCCCUCAUUUUAUGCAGACCCCCCUUGGCGGUCAUCAUCUCCUGAUCUUGAUAUUCCGGGUUUGUUUGAUUAUGGGUUUGGAAGUUCGGAUGGCGUACAGAAAAAAUCGGUUGGUUAUGUUGGUUAUAGUGUUGCAAAUAGAUCAAAUACAGGAAUUGCUGCUUAGGAAGAUUGUGAACUAAACCUGGAGGGCUGUGAAUUACUUGAUACAUAUCAGUUUUAGAGGUAAUCAAAGGACUUGUUUAUUACUUAUUUCAUUUCGGAUUUUAAAAAUUGUGAUUUAUGUGAGAUGUAAAACUCGGUUUUCAGUUUAGAUACUGUCACACGUUCGCGGGUGACAUGAAGAUAGGUGAAAGAAGAGACAGACAGUCUCUUCUUUUCCCCUGUUUGAUUUGAGUCUCGGUUUUUCAACUGUAAUUUCUAGUUUUGUCUUACAACUGUAAUUUCGGUUUUAUUUGGCUAUGCCUCGAAUUCAACACAUCUGUGAUUUAUAUUGAAAAGUUUUCCUUCACUUACAA